AUGGCGGGAACUGAAACCUGUGAAAGUAAAAAACGCAAACAUGAAGAAGAUAAUGAAGACAAGGCGAUCAGCGUGCUUCAAACAUUUAAGCUGGUCAAAGUCCUCAAGGAAGACACUGCUAAGAAAUUCGUGGCCGUUGAAGGACGGAUACCGUCUGAAUCGGGGACAGGCGACGAAGAUGGAAAUAAUAAAGCCGUUUUGCUUUUGGAAAAGAAGCCGUUCGCUGUUGAUAGCAUCGAAGAUUUGCUUAAUUCAGGAAACACUAAACUGACAUUUGUGAAUGAUUGUUACAGUAAUUAUCAACUGUCUUCAUCAAAACCCCUCCACGAUAUCAAGGUCUCUCUUAUAAAUCCAGCCACAGAGAAACAUAUAAUGAAAUUCAUGGAACAAGAAUGUUUUAUUAUCCAUGAGACAGCAGAGAUUCAUAAAACUAUCACAUUGCCUGUUAUUGAAAAGCAGAGGUUGGCUGUUGAGUGGGUGUACAACAUUCUUGACAAGAAAGCUGAAGUUGAUAAGGUUGUAUUUGAAGAUCCUGAUCCUGAAAAUGGCUUUAUGCUUGUACCUGACAUGAAAUGGAAUGGUACAGAAAUAGAAAGUCUCUACCUGGUGGUUCUUGUUCAUAAAAGAAGUCUUAAAUGUAUAAGAGACCUUGACCAAUCACAUCUGCCAUUAUUGAAGAAUAUCUUGAAGCAAUGCCCACGGAUAAUUUUCGAAAAGUAUGGUCUACCUCCUUGCAAACUGCGUAUGUACUGCCAUUACGAGCCAUCUUAUUAUCAUUUUCAUGUUCAUAUCAACAACAUCAAAUUUGAUUGUCCAGGUAGGGAGUUUCUGCGGGCUUAUUCUCUCUCUGACAUCAUUGACAAUAUUGAGAUGAAGAAUAAUUACUACCAGGAGAAAACGCUGUCGAUUCUGGUAGCAGAGAACAGUUUGCUUUACAAAGAACUGAAGAGUGCGGGGCACAUAGACAAUGGUUCUCACCCUGACCAGUAA